UUUGCCCUCCGCCAUCACCGCCCCGCCCCUUCACAAGGGGGGGGGGGCGAGGCGACAACACCGAAACGUCUCCCCAAAAAACGCCACCAAAACGCCUCCAAACCUCACCAAAAACCAAGAAGAAACCCAAAUUAAAUAGAAACAGCAAAAAAAAAAGCACUUAAAAAUCGGAUUUAUUAAAGUUUUUCAAGCGAUUAUGGAGAAACCCGGCAGAACGGAUUGCCCGGCGUUACCGCCCGGCUGGAAGAAGGAAGAAGUCAUCCGAAAAUCAGGUUUAAGCGCGGGGAAAAGCGAUGUUUAUUAUUUUAGCCCGAGUGGGAAGAAAUUCCGCAGCAAACCGCAGCUGGCUCGGUAUCUGGGGAACUCGGUGGACCUGAGCUCCUUUGAUUUCCGCACGGGGAAGAUGAUGCCCAGCAAACUGCAGAAGAACAAACAGAAACUGCGCAACGACGCCCUCAACCCCAACAAGGGCAAGCCGGACCUGAACACGACCCUGCCCAUCCGGCAGACCGCGUCCAUUUUCAAGCAGCCGGUGACCAAAAUCACCAACCACCCCGGGAACAAAGUCCGGAGCGACCCGCAGCGACUGAGCGAGCAGCCGCGGCAGCUUUUUUGGGAGAAGCGGCUGCAGGGUCUGAGCGCUUCGGAUGUGAGCGAAGAAAUCAUCAAAUGCAUGGAACUGCCCAAAGGGCUGCAAGGAGUGGGUCCCGGGGCCAGCACGGAGUCGCUGCUGUCGGCCGUGGCCAGCGCCCUGCACAGCGGCGCCGCGCCCAUCACCGGCCAGAACUCGGCCGCCGUGGAGAAGAACCCGGGGAUUUGGUUAAACACGGCGCAGCCGCUGUGCCGCGCCUUCCUCGUCACCGACGACGACAUUCGGAAACAGGAGGAGCGGGUGCAGCAGGUGAGGAAGAGGCUGGAGGAGGCGCUGAUGGCCGAAGGGUUUUCCCGGAAUUUCGAAUGCGGAAAAACUCCGGAAUUCCAGCGGGAAAGCGGCCAAGAGGCGUGAGGGAAAAGGUCCAGGAAACCCGAGGAGGAAACGGCUGCAAAAUUCUCAAUUUUUGGCACUUUUUUAACCCAUUUCGGAAUUUUUUUUCCGAAAUUUUGGAAUUCCAAAAAAUUCCUUUUUUUUUAAA